AUGCUCCAAAUUCUGAUCUUUGCUCUCCUUGUCUUUUGUGGUCAUGGCUUUGAGGACUUCCCAGAUACCAAUGCCCGAGUUGUAGGGGGAACCAAUGCCCAAAGAAAUGUCUGGCCUUCCCAGAUUUCUCUCCAGUACUCAUCUGGGGGCUCAUGGUAUCACACCUGUGGAGGGACUCUCAUUACUCAGAACUGGGUGAUGACAGCAGCUCAUUGUGUGGACAGCAACCUGAAUUUCCGGGUCGUGGUUGGGGAUCACAACCUGUACCAGAAUGAUGGCACUGAACAGUACAUGAGUGUCAGAAAAAUUGUGAUACAUCCAAACUGGAACUCCAACAGUGUGGCUUCAGGCUAUGACAUUGCCCUGCUCCGUCUAAGCCAGAGUGUCACCCUCAACAGCUAUGUCCAGCUGGGCACCCUGCCCCCAUCAGGUCAGAUCUUGCCCAACGGCAACUCCUGCUACAUCACAGGCUGGGGCAGAACCAAGACUAAUGGGCAGCUGGCUGAGACUCUACAGCAGGCAUACCUGCCCGUGGUGGAUUAUGCAACCUGUUCCAGCAGCUCCUACUGGGGAUCCACUGUUAAAACCACCAUGGUGUGUGCCGGAGGAGAUGGUGUGAGGUCUGGAUGCCAGGGAGAUUCUGGAGGCCCUCUUCACUGCCUGGUUAAUGGCCAGUAUGUCGUGCAUGGAGUGACCAGCUUUGUGUCCAGCUUGGGUUGUAACGUUUCCAGGAAGCCCACCGUCUUUACCCGAGUCUCCAAUUACAUCUCUUGGAUCAAUAAUGUUAUUGCUUCCAACUAAACGUUCCUGUCUUUCAACAAAAACCUUCCCCUCUUCUGAAGAUGGCGUUGAAAUCAAGGAGAAAGUUCAGGACAAGGG